ACCGAACAAUAGCAACUUCUAAAACAAACUGAAAGGGAUGAGUGUGGAAAUGUUUGUGUCAUUGGUGUCUGCCACCCCAAACACCAAUGUCUCAACCUGGGACUUUAUGGCUGAAGUUCGUUUACAGCCAGUAACUGUUACUGUAGCUAAUGAUGGACCAGGCUUAGAAAAACUAGAGAUAGAGCUUCAUAUCAAAGCUGGAUUGAACUAGCGCCAAGCUUUUUUACGAGGCUGUAAUAUGACAGAUGACGUCACCGGCACCUUUAGCAUCGUAAUGUUGUUAUAUUUGCAUAGAAAUAUAAAGAUGACACCAAGGUUCCUCACAGCAGAACCUGAAGCAAAGGUUUGUGAUUUUGUAGCCCCUGUAUUCAUCAUAUACACAGUGACUCUACUCAUUUAGAUUAUUGUUCAACGCAGCAUAAACCUGCCAAAUGAAACAAUAUCAUUUUCAUAGUUUCUGAAAUCAGCAUUGAGUUGACUAAUGCAUGUGAAUCUUAAACAUGCUUCGGUGUAUCAGUUUGUGCUCUCAUCCCCGGCCUUCUGUUUUCUGUGUCCCUUUUCUUAAAAAAUAAUGAUCAUUAUUAAAUGUGACAAAGCCAACAUCAGAGGUCAGAUGAGCUGCAUGUUGGUAAAAUGUCGGCUUGUCUAACUCCUUUGGUGCGUUUCUUAAUAAUAAUAAUGAUAAUAAUAAUAAUAAUAAUCCUUUAUUCAUCACAUGUCAAACAAAAUGUACAAUGUCGUUUGUCCUCGGCAUUUAACCCAUCCCGUGAUGGAGCACUGGGCUGUCACACACAAGGACACACCUAAUGCCAGAAGCGGGGCUUGAACCUAGGACCUUCUGCUUGCAAAGAAUUGGUCUGGGCUUCUCUAGUUCUUCACAGUGGGAUCUGAUGGGCACAGCAGUCGUAACACCGGACUACAUCAGACUGACGCCAGACCUGCAAAGCAGACAGGGGGCCGUGUGGAGUCGAAUUCCCUUCUUUUUGCGGGAUUGGGAACUUAAGGUGCACUUUAAGAUCUCUGGCCAGGGAAAAAAGAAUUUCAAUGGUGAUGGACUGGCCAUGUGGUUAACCAAAGAUCGCAUGCAGAAUGGUCCUGUGUUUGGCAACAUGAACCAGUUUAUUGGACUUGGUAUAUUUGUGGACACCUACCCCAACGCGGAGAGGAGCCAUGAUAGGGCCUUUCCAUAUAUAUCAGUAAUGCUAGGGAACGGCACUCUCCUUUAUGACCAUGAUCAGGAUGGACGACCCACAGAACUUGGGGGAUGCACGGCUAUGGCUCGUAAUACAGUCCACGAUACCUUUGUCCUGGUCAGAUACUCAAACUCCAGACUGACGCUCAUGGUGGAUGUCGAUGGGAAGCAGGAAUGGAAACAGUGCGCUGAUGUCACAGGACUGCGGCUCCCUACAGGCUACUUUUUUGGAGCCUCGUCAGCCACUGGGGAUCUCUCGGAUAACCAUGACAUCAUCUCUAUGAAGCUGUAUGAGCUGGCGAUACCCAGGAACCCAGAGCAGCAGCAGCAGCAGCAGCAGCAGCAGGAGGAGGAAGAGGAGGUCACCGUACCCAGAGUGGACAACAUGGAACAGUUUCAAGUGGCUGUUGAGGAGGAGGGGAUGAGCACAGUCCAGUAUUUCUUCACCCUUCUCUUCUCCAUCAUGGGCCUGGGUGUGCUGGCUGUGGUAGGACUGGUGCUUUAUGGGCGCUGGAAGGAAAACCGACGCAAACGCUUCUAUUGACCAUGGACUAAUUGAUUCCAUGCAGGUUUUCAGAAUGUGUCUCGUAGUCAACCUGCAUGGCAAAAAUGCAAAGACAUCAACAGCUUGACUGGAAACAUACAGGUUAAUGAAUGAACGAGCACAUGGGUGUGAAACCCUGAGCCAAGGCGAACAAGCUGUGAAUAAGUGUUUUUAGAUGAAGCUGCUCCUGUUUUAAAGCCAUGUCGAAUGGAAGCAUGGUGGGUCUGUAGUGACUGUAGGUGUCAGAUGAACCAGUGGUAAAAUCCUGUGUAGUUUACUCCCUUCACGUUACAGAUGCCUGUGCUAGUGAAGCGCUGCUGAGUCAAAUUACCUCUAACGACCAACCACCCAGUUUGAGAAAGAAAACAAAUGGAUGUAAGCUCCAAUCGCUGAAACCUCACCAUCAGCAUUUGGGCACUCAUUCAAGGUGCCGUUUAAAGUGCCUCCAACAGUGACCAAUGGAAAUCAUUUUAACUGAGCAGUUUCAUUCAUGAUACUUUGAAUUAAAUGUCCAUAACAUGUUUUAAGUUUAAUGUUCUCUGUCUAAGGCAAACCCAUUAUUUCAUCAGGUCUUUUUAUUUAAUUGUUUUUUGCUUGAGACUCUAGCUCAGGUGAAAUGUGUCAAUAGGGUUUAUGGUCAGAAUCAUGACACGUGGUAUCUGUAACACAAACCGGUGCCUUACUACAUGGCCUAGUGGAUGUGAUUGUGUCAUCAGUAGCUUCAGGCAGAUGAUUUAAAUUUGCAAAGCUUAUCAGCUUUAGUCUGAAACGUGUUUCUACAACAAACAAUCAAGUAAUAAGUCGUUUUUGGUUUAUAAUACAAUUAAAUUCUUAAAUUAAACCUGUCACUGAACAGGGCAAUUUGUUACUGAAGUUUAUUCCUAAAAUCACAUCAUUCAGAACAACAAUAAAGAUAACGAUCAACUUUACGCUUUAAGUAACUGAAUUACACAAUCUUUCAGGAUGGAAAUGCUAUCACAAAUCAGACCAAACCAAACAUGAAAGCAUCCAUAAAAUCAAAUAAUAAAGUUGACUGUAGUUUGUCAUUGCAACACAUUCACCUUCACUGUAAAUCUGUAUAAAAGUUGUAAAAAAAAAAAAAGUUCCAGUUAAGUUAGGUUUCCUUUUUCUUUGCAGUUGACAACACAAUGCAAUACAGUGCAAUUGUCACAUUUAUGGGUCUUCGUGUGAAAAGACAAACAAGAGGCACAUCUUGGCAGGUUGGAGAUGCCUCCCUCUCUGGGUUCAGUCAGCGAUGCUGUUGUCCUCAUUCCCACUAGAAUGUCAAGAACUGUCCAUCAAUAACCGUCUGAUAACAGACAGGACUGAAGGAAGGUGUUUUUUCUGUAAUUGGUUGUAUGGUAAUGUUCAACAUUAUCCAUUCUAUAAUUCUCUGCAGUUUUAUGUGUGUAACAGAAAGGCACACCAGCCAUCAUCUCCAAUAAAACCAUAUUAUUCAUCUACAUAUUGUAGAUUCAUCUACAUAUUGUAGACGAAUAAUGGCAUCAAACUUGGUCACUAUCAACAACAUCCAAAGAACGACCGCUUCUGUACAGUACAGGACAGGACACAAUUCAUUACAGCAGCACAGGACAGGUUGAGUUUUUGCAUUGGGAAGCAUGUGCGGCGGGGGGGGUGGAACCAGCAGCUGAAACCAAGCAAAUUAGUUAAGCAAACAAUCGGUGCAAAAUAAAUAAAUAGGGAUGUACCUUAGGCUAACACAUUCAUAACUAAACAACCGCUGUACUGUGGUUUACUUUUUAAAUUAAUAUUAAUACCAAUAAUAGUGUUAAGGUAUGUGUACACACUCAAUCAUACAUACACAUAUGCAUUGUUAAACAUAAUCUCAUACUAUUCACACGUUAUUGAUAUUGAUAGUGAUACUAGGGACGGAACCACUUUCCAGUAGCCCCGGUCCCUCCAUCAAUAGGACGUCACAGACCUAAGAGGAUAAGUGUGGAGAGAUGUAGUUGGGAAGCAAGGCACCGGGGUCCACAGAGCCAGGUUCCAGACUAGCUCUGCUACCCAUCGCACCGCCCCCCACAACCCCCAACCAGGAAGAUUUAGACGAGACUCGGGGACCGCAGUACUACUGCCCAGCCACCACACGCAGCGCAGCCAGAACCAUCCUCACCUCUCUGUCACACUUACCCAUUCUCUCGCUCAAGCAUGCUCAGGCUCGCCCCAUGCAGUGCUCCACUCAAACCUACACACAUACUCUGCGGCUGUGCAUUGAAAGCCAAACUCUUCCUCUUUCCAGUUCAUGAGGAUGAUUUUCUUUGCGACACAGAGGGCAGAAAGAAGUGUGUGUGAUGAGUUUGUCUCUAGAUCAAGCCCACUUAGAUCUCCUAAAACACAAAGUGCAGUGGCUGCUGGGAUUGGACAGCUUAACCGGGUUGACAGGUGUUCACAUACUACUUGCCAAUAUUGCUUCACAGGUGACCAUGACCAGAAUGCAUGUAGGAAUCUAUCUGCUGUGGUAUCUGUACAAUGAGGGUAAAUAUUAAAGUUUGUGAGACCCA